CCCAUAUAUAUUCUUGUUGAGGAAAAUACGCGUUGAAUCUUUUUUUGAAUCUUCGAAGUUGCGGCCGCGUCGCUCCGUGUUCGAAAUUUGCGUGUGUUGGGUAGGAAAUUCGUGAGAUCUUUGUGAUAAUAUCACAUUCAAAAUAUCGAAAAUAUAUUAUCAAACAAAAAAAUAUAUGGUAUAUUUUUUUACCUGUUGCACAUUCAGUGUUCUGAUAUGUGGUACGCGAUUCGUGGCGUUUGUUUCUGGUGUUUACACUGGAGGGUGUAUAAUUAAUACACACAUGUUUACGGAUAAUAUUAUUAACUAAAAAAUAAAAGGAAAAACGUGUUUCAAUCAAGUCUGUUUCAACAACAAAUGAUCAACAAAAGAACAGAAGAAUAUAUCUAUGUGGAUAUCUAUUAAAAAAUGAUAAAUAGUGUUUAUGUUGUGCUAGUGCUGAUCGAUUAAAACCAAAAAUAGUGCAAAACCAUCUUUGAGAUCCAGCGAAAUAAGAGAGGGGAACGAAAAGGGAUUGAGGAUUGAAUUUCACCUGAUUUGUAUUGCCACCUUUCGUAUAUAAUUAUAAUCAACGUGAUCACGCGCUCACACCAUCCGCACACACACACAGACGCACACACCCACACGCACACACACACAAGAUGAUACAACAACAACAACAACAACAACGUUUCCAACACCAGAUGCAGCAACAACAACGUUAGCAACACUCCAGCCCCAACUCCAAGUCCAACAAAAGCUUCUUGCAUCCGUCUCGCCCGUCCUCCAAGGAUCAAGUUUGGCAAAACCCAUAAUUCUGCGUCGGCUCCAUGGUGUCGCCGGCUUGACCGACGCCGUCGCCAUAGCCCUCCGGGCCCCCUCUGCUGGCUGCUCCUGGUCCCCCCCAACGGGGCGCUAUAAACAAAACCCAAAAGAAGAGAGCAUACGAAUCCAGUUCUUCAGCGCACACAGAUACCUCGUAGAGACAGCGAAAGAGAGAUAGAGAGAGGGAGAUCGUAUUCCCCCCCUUGCCGCCCCCUUCUAGAGAUCCACGAUCUCGUGUGCUUUUGUUUUGCUUUUGUUGCUUCGGCUGCUUCGCGUUUAUUGUUUUGUUGCACAGCCCCAGAAGAGCGGAGAGUAGAGAGUGGAGAGUGGAGAAGAGAGUGUGGAAGGAAGACUCUGUGAAAGGAGAGGAGGAGAAGGAAGAACACAACACCAACAAAGUUGCAUUGCAGCCGCUGCCACAGCCGCUGCCCCGCGCACCGUAUAACAAUCAUCAGACAUGGCGCCGAAAUCCAGAAAGAAGAAGGCUCAUGCCCGCUCCCUGACCUGCUACUGCGAUGGCAGUUGUCCGGGCAACGUAAGCAAUGGAACCUGCGAGACCCGACCCGGCGGCAGCUGCUUCAGUGCCGUCCAGGAGCUGUACGACGAGACGAGUGGAAUGUACGAGGAAGAGCGCACAUACGGCUGCAUGCCACCCGAAGACAAUGGCGGCCUUCUCAUGUGUAAAGUGGCCGCUGUACCGCACCUGCAUGGCAAGAAUAUCGUUUGCUGCGACAAGGAGGACCUUUGCAACCGCGACCUGCAUCCCACGUUCACGCCCAAGAUGACAACGCCGGCCCCGGAGCUGCCUGUGAGCAGUGAGUCCGUGCACACGCUGGCCCUGUUCGCCUCCAUCAUUGUGUGCCUGUCCGUGUUCAUGCUGAUCGUGGCCACCCUCUGCCUGACCUACAAGCGGCGGGAGAAGCUGCGCAAGCAGCCCCGCCUGAUCAACUCCAUGUACAACUCGCAGCUGUCGCCGCUGUCGCAGCUGGUGGAGCAGAGCUCGGGCUCCGGGUCGGGUCUGCCGCUGCUGGUGCAACGGACCAUCGCCAAGCAGAUCCAGAUGGUGCGUCUGGUGGGCAAGGGACGAUACGGCGAGGUGUGGCUAGCCAAGUGGCGGGACGAGCGUGUGGCCGUGAAGACCUUCUUCACCACCGAGGAGGCCUCGUGGUUCCGCGAGACGGAGAUCUACCAGACUGUGCUGAUGCGCCACGAGAACAUCCUUGGGUUCAUUGCCGCCGACAUCAAGGGCAACGGCAGCUGGACCCAGAUGCUGUUGAUCACCGACUACCAUGAGAUGGGCAGCCUGCACGACUACCUCUCCAUGUCGGUGAUCAAUCCGCAGAAGCUGCAGCUCCUUGCCUACUCCCUGGCCUCGGGCCUGGCCCACCUGCACGACGAGAUCUUCGGCACGCCCGGCAAGCCGGCCAUCGCUCACCGGGACAUCAAGAGCAAGAACAUUCUGGUGAAGCGGAAUGGACAGUGCGCCAUCGCCGACUUUGGCCUGGCGGUCAAGUACAACUCGGAGCUGGACGAGAUCCACAUUGCGCAGAAUACGCGCGUCGGCACGCGACGAUACAUGGCCCCCGAGGUGCUCAGCCAGGCCCUCAACGCGCAGCAGUUCGAGGAGUUCAAGCGGGCCGACAUGUACUCGGUGGGACUGGUGCUAUGGGAGAUGGCGCGUCGUUGCUACACCCCCAUUUCGGGCACCAAGACAACAACCUGCGAGGACUACGCCCUGCCCUACCACGAUGUGGUGCCAUCGGAUCCCACGUUCGAGGACAUGCAUGCCGUUGUGUGCGUAAAGGGAUUCCGGCCGCCGAUACCGUCGCGCUGGCAAGAGGACGAUGUCCUGGCCACCAUCUCCAAGAUCAUGCUGGAGUGCUGGCAUCCCAAUCCCACAGUGCGGCUGACGGCCCUGCGCGUCAAGAAGACCCUGGGUCGGCUCGAGGCGGACUGCCUCAUCGAUGUGCCCAUGAAGAUUGUCUAGGCCCUGAGUCCCUGUGGCCCUGUGGCCCUGUGCUGCCCCUUAGUGCAUAUAUUAAAUAUGUCUUGUAGUCUCGUUCUAGGUUUGACCUAAGUUGCAUUUAGUUUCUUCCUGUUUUUUCUGUUGUUUUCAAUCGAAAGAAGAGUCUUGUGCCCUUCCUAGUUAGUCUCUAAUUAUAAGCUGUCUCCAGGUGCAAGGAUGGUUUUGUACUUGAGAGGAUCCUUUCAGAGGUGCCUAUUCUACGGUUUCUUUAAGGGCCGCACUGAUUGUAAGCUAGGAACUGUAGCGAGUAUGUAAUUUAAGAUCUUUGUCAAAUAAGUACCCCAUGCAAAAUCUUUGGUUAGAAAAAUGCUUUAACUAUUUGAGAAAUAUUAUAUGCACAGAAAUACGACAUAUGUAUAUUCGGGAUAUGCGAAGAGACCGACAAAAUCCAUCAAAUUCGAAAUUUACAUCUAACAUAAUAUUAUAAAAGUAUCGUACGAGAGAGUAUAGUUUAUGUGCCAGCUCUUGUACGCAACUACCAAGAUCCGAAGGUACUCCAGCAUGCAUAUAUGUAUAUCUCUUCUGUUUGUAUGUCUAGUGUUUAAGUGAAGUCUUUGCCGAAUUGUGCAAGAUACUAAGUGCUGCCUUAUGUAAAAUCCACAGAAUUAGUUGCCUUAAGACAGAGUGUAAAGACAGAAGCCAGGAAGCGAUGGCCUAAGCCCCCAUUUACAAA